AUGAGCCUAGCGGUGCCGCCUCCAUUCCUUCCCGCUCUUGGGAGACCUGCUAUCCCGUGGAAACAGUGGCGGCGGGUGUUCCAAAAUUACCCGCUGGCUUCGGGGGGCGACGCCCAUGGACCUGCUCGGCGGAAGGCCCUACUUCUACAUUGCCUCGGUGUUGAGGGACAGAGAGUCUUCUACACACUUCCAGAGACGCGUCCUCUGGUACCACUGAAGAAACCAACUUCCGGAACGAAGACACUGACUGCGCCGGACGAGUGUGAUGUCGCUCUGGCGGCCCUGGAGGCCUACUUCGCGGCAACUUUGAACAUGGUCGUUGCACGACACCGGUUCAGGCAGCGAGCGCAGCUACCGGGGGAAUCUGUCGAAGCAUUCGUUGCCGAGCUGCGAGACCUGUCGGCGGACUGUGAGUUCGGACUUAUAACGGACGAGUUCAUCCGAGAUCAGCUGGUGGCGAAGACUGCCAGCCAGCAGUUACGAGAGCGUCUACUACACUGGAAGGAAGUAGCCUAA